UUUUUCCUCCCUGUUUCUUUUAACUAUCACACAUCACAAAAUGGCAGAUUCUAUUUUAGAUUUUAGUAAGGAACUUGAUGUUGCCUUGUUAGAUCAAGUUGUUAUGCAAUUUUACACUGGUGCUGGUGCCGACCAACAAUUCGCCCAACAGCUUUUGACUCAAUUCCAAGAUCACGAAGAAGCUUGGACUAAAGUUGAUGGUAUUUUAGAAAAGUCCACUAUUCCUCAGACAAAGUUUAUCGCGUUACAAAUUCUUGAAAAAUUUGUUCAAACAAGAUGGAACACUUUGCAAGCUGACAGUAGAAAUGCCAUUCGCUACUUCAUUGUCAAUGUUAUUGUGAAGCAAUCCUCUGACGAAGCAAAUUUAGCCAAGGAGCGUACUUACAUUAACAAGCUCAACAUGGUUCUUGUUCAGAUCCUUAAGCAAGAAUGGCCUCACAACUGGCCUUCUUUUAUUCCUGAGAUUAUUGCCUCCAGCAAAUCCAACUUAUCUCUUUGUGAGAAUAACAUGGCUAUUUUAAAGCUUUUGAGUGAAGAGAUUUUCGAUUUUUCUUUGGAUCAAAUGACCCAAGCAAAGGCCAGUACCUUGAAAAGUCAAAUGACAUCAGAAUUUUCAGAGAUUUACAACUUGUGCCGAGAAGUCCUCGAUAAAGCUGUCAAACCCAGUCUCAUUAAAGCCACCCUUGAAACUUUAUUGAGAUUUGUUGAUUGGGUUCCCGUUGGAUAUGUCUUCGAAACAGACCUUAUCGAAGUUCUCCUCAAUAAGUUUUUUGCAGUGCCUCAAUUUAGAAAUGUUACUUUAAAGUGCUUUACCGAAAUUAGUGGUCUUGAAAACACCGACAACUAUAGCGAGAAGAUGGUUUCGAUGUUUACCGGCAUCAUGAACGCUACAAAUGUUAUGAUUCCUCCCAGCACUAACAUUGCCGAUGUAUAUGAAAACAGUAAUGAUGAUGACCAAGAGUUUGUCCAAAAUUUGGCCUUAUUCCUUACCAGUUAUCUUUCCAGACAUUUACAGACCGUCGAACGAUAUCCUGCUAGCCACGAGGUUUUAAUUAAUGCUCACUUUUAUCUUAUCAAAAUCUCUCGCGUAGAAGACCGUGAGAUUUUCAAGAUUUGUUUAGAAUACUGGGCCAAGUUACUCAAAGGAUUAUUCGAAGAAGCAGCUUCCUCUAGCGGUAAUCAAUUAUUGGAUUUAAACAAUAUGGGUGGAUUUAACGGUGCUGCCAGAAAAAACCUCUACAUCAGCGUAUUGUCCAAUUUAAGAGUUGUUAUGAUUGAAUGUAUGGUUAAGCCCGAGGAAGUCCUCGUUGUUGAAAACGAUGAAGGUGAAAUUGUCAGAGAAUUCAUUAAAGAGAGUGAUACUAUCAUUUUAUACAAGAGUAUGAAGGAAGCUCUCGUUUACUUGACUAAUCUCGACGUUUCUGACACUGAAGAGAUCAUGACCACCAAGUUAUCCAAACAAAUGGAUGGUAGCGAGUGGUCUUGGAACAACCUCAACAAGCUCUGUUGGGCGAUCGGUUCUAUUUCCGGUGCUAUGAACGAAGAAACUGAGAAGCGUUUCUUGGUUACUGUAAUUAAGGAGCUUCUUUCUCUCUGUGAAAUGAAGCGUGGCAAGGAUAAUAAGGCUGUUGUCGCCUCCAACAUCAUGUACUGUGUUGGUCAGUAUCCCCGUUUCUUGAAGGCUCAUUGGAAAUUCCUCAAGACUGUUGUUAACAAAUUGUUUGAAUUCAUGCACGAAUCUCACGAAGGUGUCCAAGACAUGGCCUGUGAUACCUUUAUUAAGAUCGCUCAACAAUGUAAGCGUCACUUCGUAGCACAACAGCAAGGCGAGGUUCAUCCUUUUGUUGAAGAGAUUCUCGAGAAUGUUAACCGCAUCACUUCCGAUCUUGCCCCUGCUCAAAUCCACACUUUCUAUGAAGCCAUUGGUUAUAUGGUUGCUGCCCAAACUAACCCUGCUGCUCAAGAAAGAUUAAUGCUUAAGUUUAUGGAACUUCCCAACAAUGCCUGGGAUAGCAUGAUGGCUCAAGCCAAGCAAAAUACGGACUGUUUGAAUAACCCUAACGAGAUCAAGAUUUUGAGUAAUGUAUUAAAGACAAAUGUCGCAGCUUGUACCUCUGUUGGUUCUGCAUACAUUAUUCAAUUGAGUAAAAUUUUCGUGGAUUUGUUGGCUCUUUACCGUAUUGUCGGUAAUUUGGUUUCCCAAAGUGUCGCCACCCAAGGUGAUAUUGCCACGAAGACACCCAAGGUUCGUGGUUGGAGAACCAUCAAGAAGGAGAUCUUAAAGUUAGUCGAUACCUACAUCGAAUGUACUGAUAACAUUCAAGCCGUGGAUAACGGUAUGGUUGAUCCUUUCUUGGAAGCUGUCUUGAGUGAUUAUAGCACCAAUGUUGAUGCUGCCAGAGACGCUGAAGUGUUAAAUGUUAUUUCCACCAUCAUUGAUAAGUUACAGGGCUUAAUGACUCGACGUGUCCCUCUUAUCUUCGAAGCAACUUUUGAACCCACAUUAAACAUGAUCACCAAAGACUUUGCAGAAUACCCCGACCAUAGAACAGGAUUUUAUUCGAUGCUGAGAACCAUCAAUAGACAUUGUUUCCCUGCAUUAUUAGAAUUAGCACCUGCUCAAUUUAAGCUCUUCAUUGAUAGUAUUGUUUGGGGCUUUAAGCAUACUAUGCGUGACAUUGCUGAUCUUGGUCUCGAUAUUUGCGGUGAACUUAUCGAUAACAUUAGUCGUACAGAUCCCGCUGUUGCUGGUGCAUUUUACCAGUCUUAUUAUCUUAGUAUCCUUCAAGACAUCUUCUUUGUGCUCACUGAUCGUGACCACAAGAGUGGCUUCAAGGGUCAAACUGAGGUAUUGGCACGUCUUUUCCAAUUGGUCUCUAAUAACAUGAUUGCUGUACCUCUUUAUAACUCUAAUUCAUAUCCAAGCAAUGGCGAUUUCUUGCGUGAAUAUGUCUCCACACUCUUACAAAAUGCUUUCCCUCAUCUUCAAAGCAACCAAGUCAAGGUCUUUAUUCGCUCCAUGUUCGAAUUUAACAAUAACCCCACUAAAUUCAAGUUGGAAGUGCGUGAUUUCCUCAUCCAAUUGAAGGAAUUUGCUGGUGAAAAUGCCGAGCUCUAUUUGGAAGAAAAGGAAAAAGAGUUAGAAGCCCAGAGAAAGGCUGAAAUGCAAUCGAAAUUGGCUAUUCCUGGUAUGGUCAAGCCUUCCGAAUUACCAGUCAUGGAUGAAGAUGAAGCUCUUUAAAUUACAAAACAUACAAUCAUCAAUAGUAAAAAAAAAAGCUUAAAAAAAAAUUAUUAUCAAAUGAAAAAAAGAAAAAAAAAAGCGUGUUAAUAUCAUACACCCUCAAUGUCAUAAAACCUAAAUAUAUAAAACCAAAUAUAUAUUAUUAUUAAAAUUAAAU